AUGCAGGCUGGCACCCUGGCUCAGCCUCUGAGAAGUGUCCCUUCCUCACACUCUAUCCCGCCACGUCUCCCUACUCCCAAGCCCCUUCUAGUCAGCUCCACAGUGGCCUCACUGGGGGUCCCUUUCCAUAGUGACAGCAAUGAGGACACCGGGAUUCUGGACUUCAGCUCGCUGCUGAAGAAGAGAGACAGUUUCCGGACCCCGCGGGACUCGAAGCUGGAGGCACCGGCCGAGGAGGACGUGUGGGAGAUCCUGCGGCAGGCGCCCGCGUCCGAGUACGAGCGUAUCGCCUUCCAGCACGGCGUCACCGACCUGCGCGGCAUGCUCAAGAGACUCAAGGCCAUGAAGCGCGAUGAGAAGAAGAGCACAGCCUUUCAGAAGAAGCUGCAGCCGGCCUACCAGGUGAGCAAAGGCCACAAGAUCCGGCUGACGGUGGAGCUGGCAGACCCGGACGCUGAGGUCAAGUGGCUUAAGAAUGGACAGGAGAUCCAGAUGAGCGGCAGCAAGUAUAUCUUCGAGUCCAAUGGCGCCAAGCGCACACUGACCAUCAGCCAGUGCUCGCUGGCAGAUGACGCUGCCUAUCAGUGCGUUGUGGGCGGAGAGAAGUGCAGCACCGAGCUCUUUGUCAAAGAGCCCCCUGUGCUGAUUAUGCGGCCCCUGGAGGACCAGCUGGUGAUGGUGGGACAGCGGGUGGAGUUUGAGUGUGAGGUCUCUGAGGAGGGUGCCCAGGUCAAAUGGCUGAAGGAUGGGGUGGAACUGACCCGGGAGGAGACCUUCAAAUACCGCUUCAAGAAGGACGGCCAUAGACACCACUUGAUCAUCAACGAGGCGACACUGGAGGACGCCGGACACUAUGCACUGCGCACCAGUGGGGGCCAGUCACUGGCUGAGCUCAUCGUCCAGGAGAAAAAGCUGGAGGUGUACCAGAGCAUCGCGGACUUGACGGUGGGUGCAAAGGACCAGGCCGUGUUCAAGUGUGAGGUGUCAGACGAGAAUGUGCGGGGCGUGUGGCUGAAGAACGGAAAGGAGCUGGUGCCUGACAGCCGAAUAAAGGUGUCUCACAUCGGGCGCAUCACCUUCUCAGCCCGUGUGGCUGGGGCCAGCCUUCUGAAACCACCCAUAGUCAAGUGGUUCAAGGGCAAGUGGGUGGACCUGAGCAGCAAGGUCGGCCAACACCUGCAGCUGCAUGACAGCUAUGACCGGGCCAGCAAGGUGUACCUGUUUGAGCUGCACAUCACAGAUGCCCAAGCCACUUUUGCAGGUGGCUACCGCUGUGAGGUGUCCACCAAGGAUAAAUUUGACAGCUGCAACUUCAACCUCACCGUCCAUGAACCUCCCAAGAUCCAUCUGGACUGCCCGGGCCGCACACCGGAUACUAUCGUGGUUGUGGCUGGGAACAAGCUACGCCUGGAUGUCCCUAUCUCCGGGGACCCUGCUCCCACUGUGAUCUGGCAGAAGACCAUCACACAGGGGAAAAAGGUCCCUGCUGGGCCAGCCCCCGAUGCCCCAGGGGAUGCAGGUGCCAAUGAUGAGUGGGUGUUUGACAAGAAGCUGCUGUGUGAAACCGAGGGCCGGGUCCGAGUGGAAACCACCAAGGACCGAAGCAUCUUCACUGUUGAGGGGGCAGAGAAGGAAGACGAGGGCGUCUACACUGUAACGGUGAAGAACCCUGUGGGGGAGGACCAGGUCAACCUGACAGUCAAGGUCAUCGGUAAGGCCUAUCUAGAGACAUGUCUCUUAAUGGAGCUGAAAUAUUUGAAAGCCAGCCUAAGGGAAGCCCCCUAUGUGACUCAGCCCCCUCUCCGAUCUCUCCUCUGCCCAGGCCCCCCCAGUGAGCCCACCCACCUGGCAGUGGAGGAUAUCUCGGACACCACUGUCACCCUCAAGUGGCGGCCCCCGGAGCGUGAAGGGGCUGGAGGCCUGGAUGGCUACAGUGUGGAGUACUGCCAGGAGGGCAGCUCAGAGUGGGUGGCUGCCCUUCAGGGACUGACAGAGCGCACAUCGAUGCUGGUGAAGGACCUGCCCACAGGGGCCCGGCUGCUUUUCCGGGUGCGAGCACACAAUGUGGCAGGGCCUGGAGCCCCCAUCACCACCAAGGAGCCUGUGACGGUGCAGGAGAUAUUGCAGCGGCCACGGCUGCAGCUGCCCAGGCACCUACGCCAGACCAUCCUGAAGAGAGUCGGGGAGCCCGUGAACCUCCUCAUUCCUUUCCAGGGCAAGCCCCGACCUCAGGUGACCUGGACCAAAGAGGGGCAGCCACUGGCAGGCGAGGAGGUGAGCAUCCGAAACAGCCCCACAGACACCAUCCUGUUCAUCCGGGCCGCUCGCCGUGCCCACUCUGGCACCUACCAGGUGACUCUGCGCAUUGAGAGCAUGGAGGACAAGGCGACACUGGUCCUACAGAUCGUUGACAAGCCAAGUCCUCCCCAGGAUAUUCGGGUCACGGAGGCAUGGGGUUUCAAUAAUGUUCUGACCACGGGCUGGCCAAGCGAGGGAAGUGGGCCCUCUCACUGA